AUGUCCUUCUUCGAAUACCCCCCGAAACCAAAGUCCUCCCUAGGCUACCAUCGCAUCCUCUCCCCGACAGCCUCCUUGAAGGUCUCCCCAAUCUGCCUCGGCGGUAUCGGCAUCGGCCACUCCUGGUCCUCCAUCUUCGGCAAGAACGAAGACCCCUUCGCCCUCCUCGACGCAUACUUCGCCCUCGGCGGCAACUUCAUCGACACCUCCAACAUCUACAACUCAGAAGACUCGGAGCGUCUCAUUGGAGAAUGGAUGGAGAAGCGCGGCGUGCGGGACCAGAUCGUCUUGGCCACCAAAUACACCGCGGGUUUCCGCUCGUACAACCGCGAGAAAGAGCCACUGCAGAGUAAUUUCACAGGGAAUUCGGCCAAGAGCAUGCACAUUUCCGUCCGAGAGAGUUUGAAGAAGCUGAGGACGGACUACAUUGAUGUAUUGUACGUGCACUGGUGGGAUUGGGCCACAGGCGUGGAGGAGGUUAUGAGGGGCCUGCAUGCGCAUGUCAUGGCGAAGGAGGUGCUGUAUCUGGUCGCCCGCGCCAACGGUCUCACGCCCUUCUCGGUCUACCAAGGACGCUGGAACGCCGGCUUCCGCGACAUGGAAGCGGAGAUCAUCCCGAUGUGCGAGGACCAGGGCAUGGCCAUCGUUCCCUGGGCAGCUCUCGGCGGCGGCAAGUUCCUGACCGCCGAGGAAAGAGAGGCGCGCGAUAAAGACCCCAACGCCCGCAAGUCUUCUCACGGGCAGGAGGUCUCGGUCGCCCUCUGCGAGGCGCUUGAAAAGAUUGCAAAAGAGAAGGGCGCGACUCUUCGGUCGAUCGCCCUGGCUUAUCUAUUCCAUCAAUCCCCUUACGUCUUCCCAAUCGUCGGCGUCAACACCGUCGCGCACGUCGAGGCCAUCCCCGAAGCAAUCGGCAUCGAGCUUUCCAAAGCAGAUAUUGAUCUCAUCCACGAAGCCUCGCCGUUUGACCCGCGGUUCCCGAUGAACUUUGCGUUUGGUUACAUGAAGGGCGGGAAGUAUGAUUUGAGUCUAACGGCUGCGGACAACCAGCAGUACACUAUUGCGGCGUGGAUCGAUGCGCCGCCGAAGCCUUUGCCAUACAAGCCUAGGAAGGUCUCGGAGACGGAGGCUCAGGAGUGA